UACAUAUUUAUUUUUCUUAAAAGGAAAAAAGAGAGAGGAGAAAAAAAAAAGAGUCGCCGUUGAUGAUCGAUGUCGAAAAUGAAGCAUCUCUUAAGAAAACUCCACAUCGGCGGUGGUUUAAAUGAGCACCAACGAUUGGCGGAGGCGCGGCCCGUGAUCAGCCCUAGUCCGAGCCCGACUCCGGACUCGAACUCGAUGAACGUGACGGGACCGGCAACGGUGACUUCUUCUUCAUCGUCUACGGUUACUUCAAGUACAAUGGGGAGAAUCGGGGCAGUUGAAUCGGUCGGGGCAGAUCGGACGGCUGGAGAUGCGGUGGAUUUUAAUUUAUUGGAAGAAGAGUUUCAGAUGCAAUUGGCUUUGGCGAUCAGUGCCUCCGAUCCAGAGACGGCUCAGAUCGACGCCGCUAAAAGGAUUAGCCUCGCCGGCACCGACAACAACGUGUUCGUUGAGUUGCUUUCGCUCCGUUAUUGGAAUUAUAAUGUUGUAAAUUAUGAUGAAAAAAUUGUGGAUGGAUUUUAUGAUGUAUAUGGCAUUGCCUCAACUCUGGGUGCCCAAGGGAAGAUGCCAUCUUUGGUUGAUCUUCAAGCAGUAUCAGUGUUAGAUAAUGUUGAUUAUGAAGUAAUUUUGGUUAAUAGGUUGCUUGAUCCCGAACUGCAAGCACUUGAGAAAAGAGUGUAUAACAUAUAUGUGCAGUCCCGGGCCUUCGGCAGUGGCCCAGUUUUAAGUGGCAUGAUUCAGCAAAUCGCUGAAAUAGUUGUUAAUAGAAUGGGUGGUCCUGUUGCUGAUGCUGAAGAGAUGUUGAGAACAUGGAACUCGAGAAGUUAUGAGUUACGGAGUUCUCUUAACACUAUCAUUCUUCCACUUGGACAGCUUGAUGUUGGACUUUCUCGUCACAGAGCCCUGCUUUUUAAGGUUCUAGCUGAUAGAAUUAAUCUCCCGUGUAUGCUGGUAAAAGGGAGCUAUUACACUGGUACUGAUGAUGGAGCUGUCAACUUGGUUAGAAUCAACAAUGGAAGUGAAUAUAUUAUUGAUCUGAUGGGUGCUCCUGGGACUCUAAUUCCCGCUGAAGUACCAAGCUGUCACCUCCUAAAUUCUGCACUGGAUGUAAGGGGCUUUGCUGAUCGUACUGAAGCUUCUCAGAGUUCAUGUUUUCAGCUUGACAAAGGAAUCGGAAAUGUGGCAGUUUCAUCUGCUCCAGAUACGAGCCCUAAAGUUGGUGCCAUGAGGUCAACAGAAUCUGUCAGCAGUCUGGCAAAUGAAGAGGAGAGGAGCCAUGCUGAAAGAGCUGUCUUUAAGAGAUUUGAACAGGAGUUUGGGAAGCUUCUCCCCUUGACGCCUAAAUCCAAUGAAAUCUUUCCCGGCAUUCAUGAAAAACCAUCAUCAGCGCAAAAGAGAAAGGUUAAAAAUGUUUCUAAGUAUGUUAUCAGUGCAGCAAAGGACCCAGAAUUUGCUCAGAAAUUACAUGCUGUUUUGAUGGAAAGUGGUGCAUCACCUCCUCCAGAUUUGUUCAUGGAUAUUAAUUCACAGGAUCUUGCUGAACAAAGUAGGUCUGAACAAGCAGUGAAAGGGACAAAUGUAGAUGCUGCUGUUAGUUGCCAUUCAAAUGAGUUGCCAAUCAAUGAGCUGUGUCUUGUAUCCUCUGGCAUGGAGACUUCAGAAAACACUAAUUCCAAGCUUAGGCAAAAGCAACUGGCUAAAUACCAGAGAGAGGUUGGAAUGAAUGCCAUAAAAGCUAAAGUUGCAUCUUCCUCUGAUGUUACACGUGAGGAAUUUCUCAUUGGUAAUACAACUAAUGAGUGGACACAAGUUCGAGAGACUUCCUUUUCCUCUGCUAAUGACUUUUGCCAAAUACAGCCAGAAAAUGUCUUGGCGAUGGAUGAGAAAUUAAUACAAAGGACUUCUGAUACAGAUUUCUAUAAAGAAUCUGCACUGGAAUUGAUUGAAUCCACAGGUUGUGAUUUGCAUUUGAUUAGUAAGGCUCACAGUGAGAAGAUAUAUCCUAUGCUAAGGGAGGUUUCAGAAUGGGAAAUUCCAUGGGAGGAUCUUCAAAUUGGUGAACGCAUUGGUAUUGGAUCAUAUGGUGAGGUCUAUCGAGCAGAUUGGAAUGGCACAGAGGUUGCUGUGAAGAAGUUUCUAGAUCAAGACUUCUCUGGUGAUGCAUUGGUUCAAUUUAAAUGUGAAGUUGAAAUCAUGUUAAGGUUGAGACAUCCAAAUGUUGUUCUUUUCAUGGGAGCUGUUACUCACUCCCCGCAUUUCUCUAUACUCACAGAGUUUCUCCCCAGGGGAAGUUUGUAUAAGCUACUGCAUAGACCCAAUCAACAACUUGAUGAGAAGAGACGAAUGCGAAUGGCUCUUGAUGUGGCUAAAGGAAUGAAUUAUCUGCACACAAGCCAUCCUACUAUAGUGCAUCGAGAUUUGAAAACACCAAAUCUCCUUGUUGAUAAGAACUGGGUUGUAAAGGUCUGUGAUUUUGGGUUGUCACGCAUGAAGCAUCACACAUUCCUCUCUUCUAAGUCUACUGCUGGAACGCCUGAAUGGAUGGCACCAGAAGUUCUAAGGAAUGAACCAGCCAAUGAGAAAUGUGAUGUUUACAGUUUCGGUGUGAUAUUAUGGGAGUUGGUUACGCUACGUAUUCCUUGGAAAGGUUUGAAUCCAAUGCAAGUUGUUGGGGCUGUCGGAUUCCAGAAUAGGCGUCUAGAAAUUCCUGAAGAAGUCGAUCCAACAGUUGCGCAGAUUAUACGUGAAUGCUGGCAAACGGAGCCACAUCUACGACCAUCAUUUGCACAGCUUAUGUCCCAACUGCGACGUCUUCAACGGCUGUAUAUUGAAAGGCCAAACUCGAAAAAACAAAUUAUAGAUGAUUCCGUUCAAAGUCUUUGAUGUAAUAAGAGCCUGAUUAGAUGUUCUCCUGGCUCAAAGAACCAGGCAGCCGGAAAGGUUUACCUCUAAAUGUGCAAAGAAAGUUAAAAAAGGAGUUAGGAUCGGGCAAGUGUUGGCUCAUUCGAAGCGGGGGAUCGGCACUUCCCAUCCGAGUGGAUUGAUUCCUGUUUUAAGCAGCUGCAUAAGAGCAGGGGAGGAUACCACUUAAAAAAUUGUCUAGUAUUAUGAAUAGGUUAGCAUUUGUCAACUGUAAGAAAGUUCGGGGAAAAAAACAGAAGUGAACAGAAAACAAAAAAGAGGAAAAAGGAAAAGGAAAAUAAUUACUUGUGGAGGUCUUUGUUUUUGGGUAGGAAAUCCCAAUCUCUUGAAUUGUAAACAUGUGAGCUCUACUGCACAUUGUGGGAAAAAAAAAAGAAUUAUUUGCAAAUUAUAUGCUCCUUUAUUCUAUUUGGCCUUUUAUAACACACACCCAAGUAAUAUAAAUUUCGUUUUGCUCAAA